AGCCACGGCCAGCAGGGGCCAGGCGCCGCCCUCCCACCGCGCUCGCCCUUCAUUUACAAACUGCAAUAUUAACCGCCCCCCACCCCCCCCCCCUCACCUACAGAAAACAUUAAAGCCAGUGUUUAAAAAAAAAUGUUAACAAAGAUUUAAAAAAUCCCUUUGAUUUAUUCUGAACCUGCUCAAUUGCAUUGCAUCCUGGGAGUCUACGACCACUGUAAUUAUGAUAACGAAAUGUAAACCUUUACUUCAUCAUUUUGCAUAAAUGUCAUCUCUGCAAAGUUGGAGAAUUAAAUCUGAAGUUGUUUUUUUCAUCGUUGUCGGCUUGGGAGAGAACGGCUGGAUCUGGCAGCGUCCUUAGCAACCGGCGAGAACGGAAUGGCGGCGGAUCAGCGGCUGCGUGCACGGAGAAUAAAGUCAACCCUUCUGCUCACUAACUAGUUGUCGAGACCACGAACUGUUUCUCGCUAAACGUUGGUGACUUUGAGCUGCGGGCCGGGUCUCUCCGGCAAGCCGCAGGAUGAGCGAUAGAUCCUCUCGACUGAGAUCAGUCUGACUUGGAAAGCUUGUUGUGUCCAGAUAUUCGGUUUAAACCAACAUCUGCUGUUCCUUCCCUCACAUUCAUUCCCACUGGAAAGCGUUUUGUGUCCAUCUCCAGUUAAAACCAGCGUCUGCAGUUCCUUCCUGCACAUUCAGUCUGACUGGAAAUGGAGGGCGAAGGGCUGCCGGACGUGGGUCUGGAUCAAUGUCGGGAGGUUCUGCCCAUUAUCAGUGAAGUCGACAGAAACCUUCUCAGCCACAUUCGGGCGUACAUAGAGACCGAGGUUGACCAGCUAGGCAGUACAGCCCAGGUAGUCGACGGGCAGAGGUACAUUAUCUACAAGAAUGGAUUUGACAAGGUAAUUGAAAAUACCACAGCAUAUAAAAAUAUUCUGACGGCCAUCAAACGGGAGUAUGAUGAAAGCAUCGAUGUUUUACUCAAAGGGCAAAAAGAUUCUUUAUUUCUACAGAGAAAAUUGAAAUCAAUGGCUUCUGAGCCGGCGACCUUCGUGGCUUACAAGAACAGAGUCACACAACUUCAAAAAAAAAUUGAAAUCAUUAAUAAAAAUACAUCUGGAUUAGAAGCACGCUUGCAAAUUGCAAAAGAGUCAAGUUAUCUGAAAAAUAGGUUAACAGACGAGCUCCUGCUGCCACAAGAAGAAACCUCCCAUUUUAAGCACAUUUCAGGCCUGACAUUUGAGGAAUCAGUAAAUGUGGCGGAUCUAUGUAAACAUCUGAGGAAACUGGAAAGUAGGCUCAAGGACGCAAAAGUGAACAAAGAAACAAAAUAUGUGCCAGUCCAGAUCAAAACAAAAAUAACCCAAGAAAUCAGUCAAAAAAUGCAACAAUGGGAAGAACUAGUCACGACAAAUGAGCAAUUAAAACUCAGGUACUCGAAACUGAAGAUAAUAGCAGAUGCGGUUGCUACUUGGGGAUAUUCAGAUAAAAGUGUUUCUCUCACUGAAUUCAUUUUGCCAAGUCUGACAAAAGCAAAAUCUCUGAAAGAAGUUGAUCAACUUUGGCCUGGGGUAUUUGAUGAUGAUAAUCCUGGCAAUAUUGAUGAAGCUGCAUACCUGUUGGAGUAUGUUGAGAGCUUUACAAAACUCUUUGAUGAUAAACAAUAUAAGGCAGCUGCUAUAUAUGUAGCAAAUUGCCCCAGAGGAAUCCUUCAUAAUAUGGAGAUCAUGGAAAAGUUCAAGGCUGUCACAGAAUAUGAAGGGUAUGUUUCUCCUCUCUUGGAUUUCUUUGAAGCAGUAAUUAACUCCUAUUCUGCUGUCAGACAUCCACCUAUUGCAAAAAUGUCACUGGAAGGAGUGAAAUGUGCAUUGACGCACAACCGAUUGGAUCUAGUCAUACGCUGGGUUAUGCAACAGAGAUUGACAUGUUCUGAAGCCCUGGGAGAUGCACUUUACGAUUAUGGAGAAACUGAGCUACAAGACUUUGAAACGUGUAUGGCAUUGGCUCAGACUGUCUAUAAUAAAUGUGGUGUGCAUAAGAAAGCUGUUCUCUGCAUGUGCAGGGUUGGGGAGUUGACUGGGGCGAUGGGAUAUAUUCAUGAUUCCAAAAGGUUCAGCUUGGAUGAUUAUUUAUUUUUGUUGAACAACUAUCAAAAUACUGAGCUACUUCGGAGCCUGACACAUGAAUGGAAAGGAAAUCCAGCAGUCUUCUCAAUAGGACAAGCUGUAUUGUGGCUCGUAUCAACUGAUCCCAAGGAUGCUGGAUUCCACCUUUUGCAGGAGAUAUAUGAUCAAGGUCAAGGUGCUUUGGAACAGGCAAUCCUUAAUGAUCGUGUCUCUACACUGGAAGAUUGGCAGGAAAUUGCAGAUGCAUGCAAUGCUAACAGCUUCAACAAAUUGGCAAAGGGCAUUUUUCGUGUACUCACAUCACAAGAAGGAGGAACAGUAAUAACAUUUACAUCUGAUGAUGAUAAAGAUGGUGCAAAAUUGACAGAACAUGUUUUAUUGUAAUUCAGUCGUUCACUGAGCAAACAUUGUUUGUACCUUUGUUUUAUAAAAAUCAAUUAUGAAAGAUGGAAAGUUUACUAAUUGGCAAAAUUCAUCGUUAAACUUAUAACUUUAUCUCACAUCACAUUGUCAGAAAAUACAGGAUUUAUUUCCCCAAUUAAAUGUCCGAAAUGUGAUCACUGUUGCAAACAAUAUGGCCCUAAAUGCGCUCGCCUGACAUUGGUUCCAUUGAUGUCAAUGGGGCUUCAAUAAUCUUAACACCUGUUAGUGAUAGUGAUCAAAACAAAAAUAAUUGAACUUCUUAUUUUAAAACUGUGUUCCCAACAAUUCAUAAUUUCCUCAGCUCUACAUUAUAGACAGAUUGUGUGCUCAACUGGACUCCUGUCAGAAUUAAGAAUGGUAUUAACAGAGUUAACAAAAUAUAUUUAACUUUUUAAAUUGAACUUUGUAGAACUGUGCAUCAGAUGCUAAAGCCUCAUAUGUUGAUACAUGUUAAGUGGAUUGCACAUUGACUGCAUUCAUGAAGACUGGAAAUAUAUUGCAGGAAUCUGUGCAACCCAUCAUAUUAAUGAUCAUUAAAAAAAGAAACGUUAAGUUUAUAUCAUUUUCCAGGUUUAGGUUCUUAGUCAUGCAGUGUCAGUUACAGCACUGAUUUUGCUGUUUCUUUUAUCCGAAUAAAUUCAGAACUGCAAUA